UUUUUCUGUUUUUGGUUUUUUGAGACAGGGUUUCUCUGUGAUAGCCCUGGCUGUCCUAGAACUCACUUUGUAGACCAGGCUGGCCUCGAACUCAAAAAUCCACCUGCCUCUGCCUCCCAAGUGCUGGGAUUAAAGGCGUGCACCACCACUGCUUGGCUUGAAGGAGGAGACCAGGAGACCACGGUGGAACUGGCACAUUGUUAAAUGAGGUAGAUGGAGAUUAGGAUAUGGAUUCCUGUGUGAGAGGGGCAGGCUUUGGCUCUGUCCUUUGGGCAAUGGACAGCUCCCUAAGAAUGUCCAAUUGCUGGCCUGUGCCUUGUAUACAUACCGAUGUGUGCUUUGUGAUAGAGCGGCCGGUGAGGUUCCAGAGCCCAUAGAGUCUUGGGAACAGAGCAAAUGUCAGCCUAAGACUGGCUCUGGGGGUUCUUAGGGGGCUGUCUGAUGCCAGGAAGCCAGGGACGUACAGCUGGUACCAAUCCUGUGCCCAGAGGCUGAUCCAACACGGUCGAGAGGGAGACUUAGUGAUCCAACAGCCUGUGGCCAUGUGCCUGAAACUAGCUGCUCUCCUUGUCGCUGUGACAACAUACCUUAAGGAAGAAAAUGUUUUUUCUGGCUCACAGUCAAGGGGACAGACCAUCAUGGCAAGGAAGUUGCGCGGCAGAAGCUUAAGGUGGCUGGCGACAUGGCAGCCACGUCUGCAUGACUAACUGUCCGACACUCAUUGUCAUGGUGGGCCUGCCAGCCCGGGGCAAGACCUACAUUUCUAAGAAGCUGACGCGGUACCUCAACUGGAUUGGCGUGCCUACUCGGGAAUUCAACGUUGGUCAGUAUCGCCGGGACAUAGUCAAGACGUACAAAUCUUUUGAGUUUUUCCUCCCAGACAAUGAAGAAGGCCUGAAAAUCAGGAAGCAGUGUGCCUUAGCAGCCCUCAGUGAUGUCCGGAAGUUCCUCAGUGAGGAGGGGGGACAUGUGGCGGUUUUUGAUGCAACCAAUACGACCCGAGAGCGGAGAGCGAUGAUCUUUAACUUUGGAGAACAGAAUGGCUACAAGACCUUCUUUGUUGAAUCUAUCUGUGUGGAUCCUGAGGUUGUUGCUGCCAACAUCGUGCAAGUGAAGCUGGGCAGCCCUGACUAUGUCAACCGGGACAGCGACGAAGCCACCGAAGACUUCAUGAGGCGCAUUGAAUGCUAUGAAAACUCAUAUGAGUCGCUGGAUGAAGACCUGGACAGGGAUCUGUCCUACAUCAAGAUCAUGGACGUGGGCCAGAGCUAUGUGGUGAACCGUGUUGCUGAUCACAUCCAGAGUCGCAUCGUUUAUUACCUCAUGAACAUCCAUGUGACACCCCGCUCCAUCUACCUCUGCCGGCAUGGGGAGAGCGAGCUAAACCUCAAGGGCCGGAUUGGUGGGGAUCCUGGACUGUCCCCCCGGGGCCGGGAGUUUUCCAAGCAUCUGGCCCAGUUCAUCAGUGACCAGAACAUUAAGGAUCUGAAGGUCUGGACGAGCCAGAUGAAGAGGACGAUCCAGACAGCCGAGGCGCUGAGCGUCCCUUAUGAGCAGUGGAAGGUCCUCAACGAGAUCGAUGCGGGCGUCUGUGAGGAAAUGACCUACGAAGAAAUCCAGGAUCACUACCCGCUGGAGUUUGCCCUGCGGGAUCAGGACAAGUACCGGUACCGGUACCCGAAGGGUGAGUCCUAUGAAGACCUGGUGCAGCGGCUGGAGCCCGUCAUCAUGGAACUGGAGAGGCAGGAGAAUGUGUUGGUCAUUUGCCACCAGGCUGUCAUGCGCUGCCUCCUGGCCUACUUCCUUGACAAGGCAGCUGAAGAGCUGCCCUACCUCAAAUGCCCCUUGCACACAGUCCUGAAGCUCACACCCGUGGCUUACGGUUGUAAAGUGGAGUCCAUAUUCCUGAACGUGGCAGCUGUGAACACUCACCGAGACAGACCUCAGAAUGUAGACAUAUCCAGGCCUUCAGAGGAAGCCCUUGUCACAGUCCCUGCUCACCAGUGACCCUGACCUCUGUCAGAGGGGUCACUCCAGGCCAUCUUGUGUUUGCUGUACUGAUGGUGCCACCAUGCAGGAACACUCCUGAAGCCAUGGGUGGCUAGCAACACUCAGAACCUUCAGCCUGGCCCACCGGCCUCUUUGUUGACCACCAGUGACAGGUUGGGUAUGGCUGCUGAGAAUCCCUGGGCUAUGUGCUCUGCUGCCAGCCCCUCUGCUACAGCACUCGAGCAGUCCACUCACCAGGCUGGCUGCUUCAUGACGUUUGCAACCUUAAAUGAGACACUGAGACAAAAAACUCUCACUAAGACAUUCCACUGUGGCCCUGCUGCCUGAUGGGGGCCAGGCAACCCCUGGAAGAGUUCUACUGCCCUCUCCAUAGCUACUCUUGGAGCCAGAGGCUUGAUCUUCAUGGGGCCUUAUGUGGACACCACCCCAGGUGAAGUGGAAAGCCCUUCCUUCCCUGCCUGGAACAGAAGAUGGAGCAGGGAGCUUCUACCCACAUCUAACCUCUGCAUCUGUGGGUACUCAGGAGAGUAAGUGUGGAAAGGACCAUGCGUGGCGCCCAUUCCUAACGUCUACCAAGUUAUACACUGGAAUACAGGAGAGCUGCGGCCCAGGCUGCCUCGUCCUAAAUUCUCUUUCGGGGGAUCCUGUAAAGGCAGGGCAGCUUUAGGAAGUACCUUCUUGGUGCACACACCAAAGUGCUUAUGGAAACUGGUCUCCCCUACCUGGCCGUUGCUGUCACUGUCCACACAGAACUGUACACUGGUAACGGGGACAUGCCUUUGUCAUGAGAGGCUCAGAACUGGUGGUCCUGUCGGACUGUCUUCCCAUUUGCUGGCCUCUACCUGUAGGACUGAGGAAGGAAAGGACAAGGCAUGAGGCAGCCCAGACCCCAGGAGGAGUCGCUGGCCCCACUCUAGUUUUGAUUCAAGUACAAAUUGAGUCCUAGUGCAAACAGCCUUAUGAAGCCUGGUGCCUCCCAUGCCCCGAGUUCUUGUGGGUCCACAUAGCAGAGUCAGGCUCCAUGUUUCAGCUGACCAGCAAGGUGAUAGGCAGGUUGUGGAGCAGGGCAAGAAACUUUCUACAGCAGUAACUGGUUGCUCUAGUGUCCACAGAGCAGCCAUGGGGAAGCCAUGCCCUGCAUCCAAGAACCGUUCAAAGCCCAAAUCUGGCAGAAUAGUCCACCUUUUCCAGCCCUGCCAGUCCUGGGCUGUGUAGCUUGCAGCUGCCAUCUGCCCCUGAGAAGUCAGUGCCAUUAUUCCAAACUGCUGUCUGUGCGGGCCUAGGGCGGGACUCCUGGGCUCAUCUCCUCAGACCUCCAUGUCCUAGCUCGGAGCUGGAAGACCAUACCACUGCCUUCGGGACAUGGGCCCUGCAGCUUCUGCCCCGUGUCCCUCAGAGUCUGAGUGACGUUCAUCAUAUCAUCUGGACACUUGUUAGCCAUAGCAGAUGCCUGUGGUCGGCCACUGUGGAUAAUGGCUGGAUGCAGCUUGAGGCAAAGACCACCAAAGCCUUUUUCCUCUGUGCCCCGGGAAAGCAGGAACUGAUGGACCCAGAGGUGUAAGAGCCCAGGGUGGGGGCAGAGGGAUGUCAGUGGAGCAGGAGUUGUGCUGGAACAGCCCCUCCCUCCAGCCCCUGAAGUGGCUUCCGCAAGGCAGUCGCAUGGGGGGCUGGUUGUCAGGCUUUAGCUGAGUUGGUUCAGGGGUUCACAGGCGGACUGCCUACAUUUCCUGCUUUCCCUAGAAUGUAUUAUCCUGGUUUUCACUUGUGCAUUGCACUGUGUCCAGCAUUCUUUGCAAUAAAUACUUUAAAAAACAAAACAAACAAACAAAAACAACAACAGUAA